GAAAGCGCAGAGAAAGGAGACGGGAGAGACGCUGGAGACGCGCGCUGCGGCACAGGAGCGCACAUCCCCAACCGCCGGCAGACGUGUCCGGAGAUGUCCGGGGAGAACAGAAACUUCUCUUUCAGGAGGAGUCGGACAAAUUAAGCUCCACGGAAAGUAAUCCUGCUGCUUAAUUUUCUUUUUUCUUUUUUGGAUGAUGCGCUCCUGACUCGGACUGACGCGCAGAGAUAAAAGGCAGUUCUGCGCGCAUGGGAAAAAUUAUGUAAGGUUAUCUGGGCAUCUUAGGCUGCAGUAAAACCUCUCAGACAACGCCAUGAAGUCUGUGCUAGAUGGUGUGGCUGACACCACCUUUCGGACUAUCACGUCUGGCUUACAGUAUCUGGGCUCCAACGACGCCAACUACGACAACCCCAUCGGCGAUGUAGACUUUAAGGGCAGCCUGGGCGUGCAGAAAACCGUGUCUGCCUUCCGCAGCAACCCCUUCCCAAACAAAGUACCUGCAGACGGGGAGCUCAUCUUCAAGGAUAUCCCCAUUUUCCCCACCAACGCUUCCGAUUUCUUCAGCAACCGGAGCACGUUCAGAGAUGAGACCAACAACAUCCAAUGUGGGGAGAACUUUAUGGACAUGGAGUGUUUCAUGAUCCUGACUCCCAGCCAGCAGCUGGCGGUGGCCGUGCUGUCUCUGACUCUGGGUACCUUCACGGUGCUGGAGAACCUGGUGGUGCUCUGCGUCAUCCUGCAGUCCCGCACCCUCCGCUGCCGGCCGUCCUACCACUUCAUCGGCAGUCUUGCCAUAGCCGACCUUCUGGGGAGCGUCAUCUUCGUCUACAGUUUUCUGGACUUCCACGUUUUCCACAGGAAGGACAGCCCCAAUGUUUUCCUCUUCAAGCUGGGCGGAGUCACCGCCUCCUUCACCGCGUCGGUCGGGAGCCUCUUCCUCACUGCUAUCGAUCGAUACAUCUCCAUUCACCGGCCUCUCGCCUACAGGCGCAUCGUGACCCGGACCAAGGCCGUCAUCGCCUUCUGCAUGAUGUGGACCAUCUCCAUCGUCAUCGCGGUGCUACCUCUGCUGGGCUGGAACUGUAAGCGCCUGAACUCCGUUUGCUCAGACAUAUUCCCCCUCAUUGACGAGACUUACCUGAUGUUCUGGAUUGGUGUGACCAGCGUGCUGGUUCUUUUUAUCAUCUACGCCUACAUAUACAUCCUGUGGAAGGCGCACCACCACGCCGUGCGCAUGCUGAGCCGCGCCUCCCAGAAGAGCCUUGUGGUGUACUCGGCCGACGGGACUAAAGUGCAGACCACACGCCCCGAGCAGGCGCGCAUGGACAUCCGUCUGGCCAAGACCCUGGUGCUGAUCCUGGUGGUGCUGGUCAUUUGCUGGGGUCCGGUCCUCGCCAUCAUGGUCUACGACCUCUUCUGGAGGAUGGACGACGACAUCAAGACGGUGUUUGCGUUCUGCAGCGUCCUCUGCCUCUUCAACUCCACCGUCAACCCCAUCAUCUACGCCUUGAGGAGCAAGGACCUCCGGCACGCCUUCCUCAGCUCCUGCAACGCCUGCAGGGGCAGCGGCCAGCAGCUGGACAACAGCCUGGAGUCCGACUGCCAGAACAGAAACAUCCACAUCUCUGCCAACAGGGCUGCGGAGAGCUGCGUGAAGACCACUGUGAAAAUAGCCAAAGUAACAAUAUCUGUGUCGACCGAAACGUCUGCAGAAGCCGUCUAAUUCCUGAAUCCACAUCCUCACGUAGAUGCAUUAGUGGCUCCAUGGUUUUAUGUUUGUGCACACGGUGUGCCAAAGUGCCAAAUGGUGUCGGAAGGACUGGAAGGACCAUCAUAAGUGUACCAUAGACUCCAUGAAGUUAGCAAAAGCAUAUUAUAUUUUUGUACCGUGAAUUCAGGUUUUUUUGAGACGAUAUGCGUCUUCAUUUACGGGGAUAAGGGGCUACUGACAUUUUUAAGUAGUUUUACAGCGCCAUUUUGAAUUUCCUCAUCUUGUCUUGCAACAUGAAUUAAAAGAAAAAGGAAAAUCUGUGCGCCUUGACUUUCGAAAGGUCUCAUUAAAACAUUUAUAUAAAUAGGAGAUAAAUAGGAGAAAAUAUGCUGUUUUUGAUUGUUGCAAGUCGUAGUGGCAAUUUUUUUUUAAAUAAAAAUAAAAAAAACGAUAAAGCUCUUCAGUUUGUAAAUUCUAUAGCGCUUAGAUCUUUAUUCGAUCGUAUAACUAACAACUGUACAGCGUUUUCUUGCAUUUGAAGUCUUUCAGCCACUCUUUUUGUCAAAGCUUGAACAAAAGUGAACUUAGGCGCAGUGUGCUGGUCACAACUGUGAGAGAUUGAAGUUUUUUGACUAUAGCUGCUCUCAUCAGAUGUGUGAUUUCUGUCUGUUUCCAACCCCAAAGCCUUUUUGAAUAAGUUGUUAAGCCAUCCUUUCAGAUAACAAAAAACAAUCCACAUUUCCAGAAGAGAAUGUGUCUAGUGUUUUUUUUUUCCAAACAACAAGCCUUUUCAUUAGCUAGAAACUUGAAUCAAGGUUUGUGUGUAAGAAUUCUGUGGAGUGGACCGCGCACCUCGCAAAAGAAGCUGACUUUUUCUGACAGACGAUGCUAAUCUAUAUAUUAAAAAAAGAAAAAAAUCAUGGCACAAUUGUUCUGUACAAAUUUCUCUUGAUGUGAACUUAUCCUCAGUCAGUAAGCUUUUCGCUGCCGCUUGUAAAUUUUAAGUAUUGAAGAUCAAAAUGUCAACUGUUAAGUGGCUUCUGUAACGGUGGAGAAAAUGUGACUUAAAAGCUCACAGUUAGUCAAGUGCUUUCGGUAUUACUGUUUUCAAAAUUUACAAUAAAGUCACGGCUGGUGUUA